CUUACUAUUCCUCUGUUCAGGGUUUUGAUGUUUGAACAAUGGUGGUACUAAAAGGAAUACCUGCUAUUAUUUCGGCCGAUUUAUUAUAUGCGUUGGGUAAAAUGGGACAUGGCGAUGAAUUGGUUCUUGCUGACGCAAACUUUCCAGUUUCAUCAACUUGCAGAUCCGGGCCCACCGAAAUACGUGCUGACGGUGUGGGCAUUCCUCAACUCUUGGAAGCCAUAUUAAAGCUGUUCCCUCUUGACACCUAUGUCGACAGCCCGGCAGCUGUAAUGGGCCUGGAGCCGCGUGACCUGGAGAGGGGACUGGCCGUGCCGGUUUGGGAUGUGUACAGCGGGCUCCUGAUGGUGGCCGGAUGUGACAAACCUUUGGAAGAGGUGCAGAGAUUUGCGUUUUAUGAACGCGCAAAGCUCUCCUUUGCUGUUGUGGCCACUGGGGAAACCUCACUGUAUGGAAACCUGAUCAUAAAGAAAGGGGUGCUUCCACCUGGGGAACAGUGCUAAGACCUUUCACUACACCAGGGUUCCAGAACCUUCUCAGCCCCAGGUGCCCGUUCCCAUUCGGCCAGCAGUCAGGACGGGCUACGCGCAGUGCACGCCAGGAAACAUGCAGCGGAUCUGUGUCGCUCCUGUAUUCAGUGCAACGUGAACAAACACUAAAGCAGAAUGAUCUGAUUACCAUGGUUGCGUAAGCCAUUUUUUAUCCACUCUGCCAUUUGUAAUCUGUAAAGUAAUAAAGUGGGUGGAUUUACAUUCACUGGAAUUCUCCGAUCUUA